AAGUGCUCCUCAAGCGGCUGAAGAUGAGGAAGAUCCUCUGGAUGCGUUCAUGAGCGGUCUGAGAAAAAAUAUGCAGAAAGACAGGCCAUCGGGAGGUGUCAGGGUUGUGAAUAUUAACACUGUGAAAGAGAUAGAAAAAGGAUUGGUGCUAGAAAACGAGGACAGAUCCGAUUUUGUUGUGGAAGACAUUGAUAUGGAGCAGGCGGCCGCAAGUUUGUGUCACAAAGGACGUAUGCUGCCAGCAACGGAUCAUUCGAAAGUGUACUACCGUCCCUUCAGGAAAGAUUUCUACGUCGAG